CAUUACUCAUCAUGACCAGUAAUACAGUCACAGUGUACAGUGUGUCAUUUUAUGUUUCUGUCUUUGUACUGCAGCAAACAAAGACACAAUGGACGUACUCUCAACCAACUUAAAGACAGAAAACAUGGAAGGAAGUGACACCAAAGCCAUGGAGAGAGAAAAGAGGAAUGACAUGUCCUUCUCCAGAAAGAGAAGUUUCACUUUUGGGGCAUAUGGAGGUGUGGACAGAUUCACAUGUGGGGAUGAGACGAGACCUGAAUCUGCAGAGGACAACAUAUUGGACAUCCUGGACUCUCCUACCACUGAGAGCAAGCCUUUCCUCUCUGCCAGCAGCAAUCAGAGGGAUACAGAGCUGUUUGAAAUCAUUGAAAAGCUGCAAGGCAGCAGGAUCGAUGAGCAGCGGUGUGAAUUCCCUCUUCCACUGAAGUCUCAGCUUUUAACGAUAGGUGGAGACCUGCUGCUCAUCCUCCCUUCAAAGUUGGGAGGCUACUGGAUAGACCCCCCUCUGGACAGGCUUGUAGAUGUGAGUCCCACCUCUUCCUACCAUGGCCUCGAUCCAGAGAGCUACGACAUCAUGGAGAGAGACGCAGAGGCCAAAAUCUACCAUGAGUUCUUCCGCUCACGAUACCAUCACUCUUUUACAGCAGUGGAUCCAUCUUUGGGGCCUCUGGUUCUCUCAGUGUGUUUGGAGGAUGAGGAGAACAAGCUGCGGGUGAUACUAAGGAUGAAGGAGUGCUCUCUGCACGGAGUUUUCUCUGUCUCACUUUUUCCAAACAUCCCAUCUGCUGUUGAAUUAGCAAAGAUGCUCUGUGACAGAGUGACUGUCUCAAAGUUUGAAGUGGUCAGCUACCUCAAGGCUCCAGAACUCAUAACUGCAUUUGAUGAACACAGAGUGUCUCCUAAUUUCAAGUUUGGUAUUUUGUGCCAAAAGGACAGGCAGUUCACUGAGGAGGACAUACUUAGUAACAAUGAGGAAAGCGAAGAGUUUACAGAGUUCCUUUCUAUUUUGGGCGAGACAAUUCAACUGCAAGGGUUUACUGGUUUCAGGGGAGGACUUGAUGUGUGUCAUGGUCAAACAGGAAGUGAAGCAGUCUUCACUUCCUUUCAAGGAAGAGAAAUCAUGUUCCAUGUCGCAACGAAACUGCCUUUCACGGAGGGUGACCCACAGCAGUUGCAAAGAAAAAGACACAUUGGUAAUGACAUUGUAGCUUUGGUCUACCAGGAGGGCCAAACUCCUUUUCUAUCUGAUGUUAUCAAAUCUCACUUCCUGCACUGUUUCCUGGUGGUGCGAAGGAUUCAGAAGGAGGAGCAGACAGGUGAACCUGCGUACCAGGUGUCUGUCACAGCCAGAGAGGAUGUUCCUCCCUUUGGUCCGGUCCUCCCGGAUCCUCCCAUCUUCACAGACCGUUUGCUGCUGAGAGAAUUUCUUCUGACCAAACUCAUCAAUGCAGAGAUUUCCUGCUACAAGGCUCAACAGUUCAGCAGACUAGAGCUCCGCACUCGUUCAUCGCUGCUCGAGAGCUUGCAGGCUGAACUCUCCACUCGUUCCCAGUGCAUGAUGGGGGAUCCAUCGCUUUCUGCUCUCCCAUCCUCUGAAGGUGUACGGGGGGUGUCUGAGGGGAGUGGAGGAUUCAUUGAAAACUUUAAGAGAGCCAUCAGAGUGCGGAGCCACUCCUUUGAGACUCUUGGGGUGCCCAGAAAGAGCGGUAGCAGUGCAUCACAGAAACCUAAGACAGAGAAAGAUGGAGAGAGUGACAAAUCUUCAGGACCUCUGCCUGUUCCUUCUGACAGUUUGGGGCCAGCUGAACUCAAAGAUCAAGCAAGUCCUCAAGAAGAGACAUAUAAGUUCACAUCCAAGAUGACAUCCAAGAAAGUGAUCGAGUUGUUCUACGAUGUGGUUUCUCCGUACUCCUGGCUUGGCUUUGAGGUGAUGUGUCGCUACAGACAGGUGUGGAACAUAGAGCUCAAGCUGAGACCUGCUUUUCUGGGCGGAAUCAUGCAUGGAUCAGGCAACAAGCCCCCUGGUCUGGUUCCAAACAAAUUCCUGUACUUGACCAAGGACCUGAACCGCUUGGCAGGGUAUUUUGGUGUUCCUUUGCAGGCUCCAUCUGAUCCCUUUGAAGCCAUGUUCAAUAAAGGUUCAUUGUCUGCGAUGCGAUUCGUAACAGCAGUACAAGAGAGGGAGAAGGAUGGAGACAAGCAGGUGGAGCAGGUGUGUCGGGAGCUGUGGAAAAGGAUCUGGAGUGACGACAAAGACAUCACUGAACCUGGAUCACUGUCUGAGGCAGCGAUGAAAGCUGGAUUGUCUGACAGUGAGAUUAAAGAAGCGCUGAAGCUCUCCACCACAAAGGAGAUCAAAGACAAGCUGAAAAGAGUUACACAGGAGGCACUUGAUCAUGGGGCGUUUGGCCUCCCCCUGCUGGUGUGUCAUGUAAAUGGAAAGCCGGAGAUGUUUUUUGGAUCUGACAGAUUUGAGCUCAUGGCCCACUGCAUUGGAGAGAAGUGGCUGGGACCUCAGCCUGGAAAAUCAGCUGCCAAGCUGUGAGAGAAAAAUCUGCCUUCAAACACUGUUGGUGUGCUUACAGAUUUUUUGAAUUAGCAUCUUUCGACGCUGUGCAGUGCCUUCUGAAACCAACUAUUUCUAAUAGACCUUAAGAACAAAUAGUGUUGUAAAUGAUGCAACAUGUAAUUGUAGAGUUGACUAUGUGCCUAUUAAAAGGAACACUGACAACACCCAGAAAA